AUCCAACAGAACACCUAGGCUGCAUUCAGCCUAUGCGCCACACUGCUUUUUCACCAUGAGUUAUUUGUAGGUUUGCUGUAGGUUAUAUUGGCUAUACGCUAAUCAUUGCAUGGAAAACGUUGUCUAGGCUGCCACCCAGGCCCUCUCCCCGCCCGGAUUCACCGGUGUGCAACUUGCGCCCCUGUACCUCGUGGUUACUUGCUGUUACAGCGGUUUGUAUAAAAUAUUUUUAAAAUUGCAUUCCAUAGCUGUAGAUGGCAGUGUGUAGCCGUAUGCUGCAGUGAACAAAAAUGUCGCAAACAACGAAAUAACCUAAACCGGGAACUCGGGAAAUCAGCUGCUUUGCUAAUGUGCCAUCGAAAAGGCAGUGUCAUCAUUAUAUCAUGGCAUAUCCUUGUGAAAUAACUGAAGAACUGAAAGAGCACGUUGUGACUAACGCAGCGCCCACUGUGUAUUACGUUCCAGAUUUCAUCACAGAAGCGGAGGAACAAUAUAUUUUACAAGAGGUGUACAAGGCUCCCAAGCCCAAAUGGACACAGCUGUCAGGACGAAGACUACAGAACUGGGGGGGGCUGCCUCACCCUAAAGGAAUGCUGGCAGAGAAGCUGCCUGAUUGGCUGUUGAAGUACUCCAACAGAAUCUCUGCCCUUGGAGCAUUUGCUGGAAAGGCUGCCAAUCAUGUCCUGGUGAAUGAAUAUAAACCAGGGGAGGGCAUUAUGCCCCAUGUGGAUGGCCCUCUCUAUCACCCCACGGUCACGACCAUCUCUCUAGGAUCCCACACACUACUCGACUUCUACAAACCCAUCAGCCAGUCUGAGGGAGACGAGCCCCAGACGGAGGCGGACCGCUUCCUGUUCUCCCUGCUGGUGCAGCGCCGCAGUCUCCUGGUCCUGCAAGACGACAUGUACAAGCACCUCCUGCACGGCAUCCAGAACGCCCACCAGGACACGCUGACGGACAGAGUGGUGAACCUGUCCUCCUCUACGGAGGACGCCCGGCUGGGGGACACGCUCAGCCGAGACACCCGGGUGUCCCUCACCAUCCGCCAUGUGCCGAAGGUCAUCCGGGCCAACCUGCUUCCCAAAAGGAAAUAACAGUACAAGAGACAAACGCCAUGGCCAACGCCAAAUAUUCACUCAUCUUCUUUUUUUAAGGGGCUUUUGUGCCUUUUAUGACUGGACAGUCGAAGAUGGUGACAGGAAGCGAAUGGGACAGAGAGACAGUGGAGGAUCGGGAAAUGAUCCUGGCCGGACUCGAACCGGGGUCCCCGUGGCUGGGCAUGCAAGCCCAAAAUGCUCAGCUCACUCAUUUUCUACAUAGUUUGAGUUCCAUAGUUUUGUUCCCUACUAUGUACAUGGUGCAGCAUGUAGUGAAUGAACAAGUGAACAUGUCCAAAUCAGCCAAAACUGUUUGUUCAAUAGUCCUGUAGACAAAACACAGAUCACUCGUUUAGUUACUCGAGGAGUGUAUUGCAAAGGAUCAUGAAUAGAAUAAGUUGACUGGACUAAUAUGGCACUUUUUCAGGCACUUUCAUGCUGAGCCAACGACAAAAGAAAUGUAAACCCUUUUAUAAGGGGGUUAUGUGUCAACACUGACUGACAACACUAUCUGAGUUUUACUCGGAUGAAAUAAUAUGAACUGCACCUAGAACAGGGAUGGGCAACUAUAAUGGUGAGGAGGGCCAUGUUUUUUCAUCAUCGGAGGGCCACAUGACCACAGAUCUGACUGCAACUUGCAGAGUUGGAGGUGCAGUUGGUUGCUCACUAACAGAAAAAUAAAAAAAGGUUGCACCAUGCAUAGGUUUCUUUAUUACACAUGUGUAUUAUAUUACUUGUCUGUGUAAUAAAGAAACCUAUGCAUGGUGGGACCUUUUUUUCAUUUUUCAGUUUUACAAUAUUUUGGUCAGCACCCUUAAAAGGAAGAAAAAAACUGUUGGGUGACGCAUGCUCCAACCCUUAUGAACUUGCUCACUAACAUCCCGUAUUGUUUGAAAGGAAUAGAAGUGUACUCUAUUGGUCAUCAGCAUAAUUGCGAUAAAUUGAUUCAGUAGUCGUUUGAAAAAUUCGGUCACUAUUUUUUAAAUUUCUGUUUAAUCUACGGGCCGCACUGAGUGAGGAAGUGGGCUGCAUGUGGCCCUUGGGCCUCCAGUUGCCCAUCUUUGACCUACAGUCAUGUCUGCCGUGCAUUGUGCUGCAUCUGAUGCCAUUGUUAAAUCUGUCCUUGCUCCAUCAAAGCAGUUUCCCUAAAGGUUGUCGGACUGAGUUCAUGGAAUCCGCCCGAGCACCUAUAAAGCUGGAAGAACUAUAAAAGGCCAAAACAGACAUGAGGAAUGCAACAGCUGAUCACAGGCCCACCAGUGUGUUCUGUGUCACUGUGGAUUUGACCUUGAUUGGGAGCUAUGCAGCAUAUGAUAUAUGGCCUACAAUACGCCUAGGCUACUGCUUCCUUCCUAAACAACCUGACUGAAAGAAAGGAUUGGAGGCAGGCAUUGUUUUGAAAAGCAUGACUUCCAGCUGCCCAAAACAUGGUCUGUUGUCUAUUAUUAUUUAUUUUAUUGUGUUUUUAUUUUUUAAAGUGGUGUGUUGCCAACACCAAUGUCUCACCAUUUGUUUUGCACUGAUGAUGAGAAAAUGUAACUGAAAUGCAAUAAAGUGCAUGCGUGCUCA